AUGCAUUUUCAGAUAUUGAUGACGUCAUGCUUCAAUCGGCCCAUAAUAUCUCUAUUUAUACUCCUUUUCUUCUCUUUAUUCAUCAGUCUUAUCAAUUCAAUAGACAGUGACACUCAUGUGUUCCAUCCCUUACUUGCUGCACCACGAACACUUCCAGGAGUACGUGUCAGAAUAUUACCACGUGGAUUAGCGUAUUUGAAUAAUAUAGCUGCAAAUCUUCUCGCAGAUCAACUUCCUCGUCUAGUUAUCCCAGAUGUUGAACAUAUUCUCCCAAGUAAUCAGGGUAUCAUCUAUAUUUCAAGAAUCCAUUUAUCACGAUUCCGACGCGCUGAACAUCAUCAGCUGAAUUCGACGGCACCAAAUAAGAUCUCAUGGACCAUGCAGAAUAUGGAUAUUGGACUUCUUGGAGACUUGAGUGGAUCAGUUAAUAUUGUAGUUCCACUUAAUUUGACAGGACAGGUGGAAAUCCUGGCACAAGGACUUACUUUCCAUUUGGAAUCGUCGAUAGAGAAAGGAAUAAACGGUUCAGCCAAAGUGACGUCACUCUCUUGCCUCGCCACAAUCCGAGAUGUAACAGUCACAAAUCACAACGGAGGACUCUUUGGAUUAGCAGUGUCUGUAUUCAAACAAGGAGUCUCUGAUAAUGUUCGACACAUGCUUCAAUCGAUUAUUUGCAAGAAAGUCAGGAAAUAUAUAGAUGAAGAUGCGAAUGAGAAGUUGGCAGAGGCACAGACUUCCAGUAAAUUGGGAGAUGCUCUUGAGACGAAUGCAUUGAAAAUGAUAUCAGUUGGAGGGGAUGAAAAGUCUAGAAUUGAUAUUGCAAGUAUUUUUGAUUCGUCGUUGGCAUCCAAGUUCUUCAUUGACUUCAGACUAAAAGAGCAUCCAAUUUGCAAUGAAAACACAGUGGAUCUUGCCUCUUGGGGAGAGAUUUCAUACAUGGGACAAGGUGACACUCCAUUCGGACCAAUCGACUCUUCAUGGCCUGGAAAAUCUCCGUUCAAAACGAAUGUGGUCGAUUCAGUGACAAGUAAAGACUCGAUGAUUGAGUUGGUUGUGUCGGAUUUCCUUCCGAAUUCGCUCCUUUAUCAUGCUUAUGUACAGAGAUUCAUAAAAGUGUUGCUCACUCCAAGAACCAAAGGUGUCGCCUCAUUUCUCCGAACAACUUGUGAAGGCUCUUUUUGUAUUUCUGAUUUGGCUCCACAACUCGCUGAGCAGUACCCAAAUUCAACUGUUGAGUUGGCAAUGAGUGCCACGAGAGCACCUGCAGUUCUGUUUAGUGAGAAGAAUGGAGGUACCAUCUCCGUGUCAAUGGGUGGUUUGGUAGUUGUAUUCGCUGUGAAUGGAAAUCAUCGUCGUCAAGUUAUUGUAGUAGAUCUGGAUGUAGUUGCUGAUGCGAAGUUGUCUAUUCAGGGUCACAACGUGAGUGGAUCUGUGGAACUUCGGAAAUUCGAACUGAAGCGGAGAACUGGAACAGUGGAUAUUUCUGAUGCUGAAAUUGAUGACAUUGCUCUUCUCGUUAGUCAGUUGUCGGAAAAUCUGCUGAAUGGAUUACUGGUCAAUGGAAUGCCAAUUCCACUUCCUCAUGUCCUCCGAAUCAAAGACAGUCACAUCAAUGUACUGAGUCGUCGAAUGCAUAUUCAAGUUGACGUAGAUGUAGACGAGAGAAGAUUAUCCAAACUUGCAUCUCAGACAUUCUUCAAAACCCCGCAGUUUUCCGAUGUGAACUUCAGUCCACUCCGUCGAAUGGUUCGUCCAGUUCCGUUCCUCGAAGGCCGUCAACAUCUUCAACAAUUCAAUUUCAACAAUUGGUCAACUGACAAUACGAGGAGAAUAUUCAGAUGA